CGGCAAAGACUGAACUCUGGCUGCGGUUCUCUCAAGUGCUAGUUACUGUUUCGGGGGCAGUGGUGCGCGUGUGAGAGACAGCAGGAGAGCGUCAGAGGAAACAAGAACCUCACGGCCGUCUGCCCAGGUCACCAUGGCCUACCUGAGCUCCGUGGUCCGAAGAGCUGUCUCCUGCCAGAUGUCAGCAUCUGGGAGAAACAUCCACCUCAGGUGUUUCAGCAGCGGGGCAGGCCAGACGGCAGAGAAGAGCGUCCCUUACCACAAGACUCUGAAGGAAGAGAGCCCUCAAGGCAAAGGGCCGACCAGGCCGCUCCCGAAAUCAGCCGACGUCGUGGUGGUGGGUGGAGGCAGCUUGGGAUGUCAAACCAUCUACCACCUGGCUAGGAUGGGGGUGAGCAACGCGGUCCUACUGGAAAGAGACCGUCUGACAUCAGGGACCACCUGGCACACGGCCGGUCUGCUGUGGCAGCUGCGUCCGAGUGAUGUGGAAGUGGAGCUGCUGGCUCAUACUCGCAACGUGGUCAGCAAAGAUCUGGAGGAGGAGACAGGUCUGCACACGGGAUGGAUUCAGAAUGGCGGGCUCUUCAUCGCCUCCAACAAGCAGCGGCUGGACGAGUACAAAAGACUCAUGUCUCUGGGUAAGGUCUAUGGCAUAGAAUCGUACGUCCUGUCCCCUGCAGAAACCAAGGACCUGUACCCACUGAUGAACGUGGAUGAUCUUUAUGGCACACUUUACGUUCCUAAGGAUGGCACAAUGGAUCCUGCCGGCACCUGUACAACCCUUACCAGGGCAGCUGCUGCCAGAGGCGCUUUGGUAAUAGAGAAUUGCCCAGUGACCGGUAUUCAGGUCAGAGCCGAUGACUUGGGUGUGCAAAGGGUAGCUGCGGUGGAAACAAACUAUGGGAUCAUCCAGACUCCCUGUGUGGUGAACUGUGCAGGAGUGUGGGCCCGAGCCCUGGGCCAGAUGGCUGGUGUAAACGUGCCCCUGGUGGCUAUGCAUCAUGCGUAUGUGGUGACGGAGCGGAUAGAGGGCAUUCAGAAUAUGCCGAACGUUCGCGAUCACGACGCCUCGGUGUAUCUCCGUCUCCAAGGCGAUGCCCUGUCCGUGGGUGGAUAUGAAUCAAAUCCAAUAUUCUGGGAGGAGGUAUCUGAGAAAUUUGCCUUUGGCCUCUUUGAUCUGGACUGGGAUGUGUUCAUGCAGCAUAUUGAAGGUGCAAUAAACAGAGUCCCGGUGCUGGAGAAAACCGGAAUUAAAUCCACUGUCUGUGGACCAGAAUCGUUUACUGCUGACCAUAAGCCCCUCAUGGGGGAAGCGCCAGAAGUCCGAGGCUUUUUCCUUGGCUGUGGCUUCAAUAGUGCGGGGAUGAUGCUCGGAGGUGGCUGUGGGAAGGAAUUGGCCCACUGGAUAAUUCACGGGCGUCCCGAAAAGGAUAUGUACGGCUAUGAUAUCAGGAGGUUUCACCGCUCUCUCACCGCCAACAACCGCUGGAUCCGGGAGCGAAGCCACGAGUCGUACGCCAAGAACUAUUCGGUCGUCUUCCCCUACGACGAGCCGCUGGCUGGGCGCAACAUGAGGAGGGACCCCCUGCACGAGGAGCUCCUCCAGCAGGGCUGUGUGUACCAGGAGAGGCAUGGCUGGGAGAGACCCGGCUGGUUUAAUCCGCGGGGCACAGCUCCGAUUUUGGAUUACGACUACUAUGGUGCUUAUAAUCAAAAACCCCACGGCUCCUACCUCUAUAACCAGCUGCUAGGGGAUGAAUAUACCUUUGAUUUCCCGCCUCAUCACAACAUUAUCAAGAAUGAAUGCUUAACCUGCAGAAAUGUGCUGGCUGUCUUUGACAUGUCUUAUUUUGGCAAAUUCUACCUGGUUGGUCCUGAAGCAAGGAAGGCGGCCGACUGGCUGUUUACUGCUGAUGUUAGCAAGUCACCAGGACUGACCGUUUACACGUGCAUGUUAAACAAACAUGGUGGCAUUGAGAGCGAUCUGACCGUCAGUCAAAUCAGCCCUGGGACCCAGGUCUCUUCACUGACCCCAGCGUUUGAAGGGGAUGGCUAUUACCUGGCUGUUGGUGGAGCUGUUGCACAGCAUAACUGGUCGCACAUCACCACGGUGCUGCAGGACAUGAGGUUGCAGUGCAAGCUGGUCGACUGCUCCGAGGAGCUGGGAAUGAUCAGCAUCCAGGGGCCAGCAAGCCGUAUGGUCCUUCAGGAGGUUCUCGACACCGAUCUCAGCAACGAGGCCUUCCCCUUCUCCUCCCACAAGCUGGUGAAGGCAGCAGGAUGCACGGUACGAGCCAUGAGGCUGUCGUUUGUGGGUGAGAUGGGCUGGGAGCUUCAUGUGCCCAAGCAGGACUGUGUGCGGGUUUACCGGGCUGUGAUGAAGGCAGGUGCCGGGCACGGCAUUACCAACGCUGGGUACAGAGCCAUCGACUCCCUCAGCAUUGAGAAAGGGUACAGGCACUGGCACGCGGAUCUGCGUCCUGACGACACCCCCCUAGAAGCAGGCCUGGCCUUCACUUGUAAACUCAAGUCCAGCAUUCCCUUCCUUGGACGGGAAGCUCUGGAGACACAGAAAGCAACGGGAGUCCGCCGGCGCCUGGUCUGCUUCACCAUUGAUGAGAAGGUGCCUAUGUUUGGACUGGAGGCCAUCUGGAGAAACGGCAAAGUGGUCGGGCACAUCCGGAGGGCGGAUUUUGGCUUUGCCAUCAACAAAACCAUUGCCUACGGGUACAUCCGGAACCCUGAUGGAGGACCAGUCUCCCUGGAGUUUGUGAAGAGUGGUGAAUACAUGCUGGAGAGGAUGGGAGCUACCUAUCCUGCCACAGCCCAUACCAAGUCACCAUUCGAUCCAGAGAACAAGAGAGUGAAGGGGAUCUAUUGAGAGAGAGUGAGCACUCGGGACGGUGGUUGGAGAGUGAACCACGCACCUGUGCUGGUGACAGGCUGAGGGAGAGAGGUGGAUAUUAACAGCUGACUGUCCAGACUCGUGAAGGUAAAACCUCCCUGCUACAGUGAUGACUUGGCAUCUUCCAAAGUUCCAAAAUCCAUCUUCACUAUAGGACCACACCAUGGUGUCUGCUCAGACCCUGAAGAAUACUGCGCAGUUCUCUCUGGCUCUGUCCUGGGGACUCAGCUCUUUUCAUUGUAUUGGAAACAAUAAAGCUCAUGGGGUGCUGAAAAACAUGGUAUUGGGGACUCGACUAACUAUUUGCAGAUCUCCUCUACUGGGACACGUAUGGCAUACCUAGGCCACAUACGCUACCCACGGAAAUAAAUGGUUUUGUUGGAGAGGAGAAGAUUUUGCUCUCCUUCCUUACCCUUUUAUCAAUAGCAUCUCCCCAACCCUCGAUGCACCUCACAGCCCCCAGGGCUCUUGUAAGCAUUUACCCUUUGAUGAUAGUUAGGGAUGGACAUACGUGAUCUACCGUCUCCGAAACUACGAAGGCAAGAAGAUAUCAUAUAUAUAAAAAUGUCGAGGGAAAGCACGCACUGAAAGUAACAAAGGCAGAAGGCUGGCUUGGAAGCUUGGACUCUCCCACGCUGCCCUAAGUGAAUUGCCAGCAAGUCACAGAUGUGCCUCACAUAGACAGGUGGAAAUAUGCUGGGGAAAGAUGAGCUGACAGCUCGGAAUCUGUGUUACAUUUAUCCAAGGUGCGCUCUCGUGCAUCUAGCAGGGAUUUGGGUAUAUCUUCUCUCGUUGCUUUGAAAAGGUUUUCGCAGAUAAGCAAUGGCAAAUCUGCUGAAAGAGAGCAAGAGAACGGUGUAGAGUUCACUUCUUCAGUGUUGCAUGUUGUAGCCCUUUGUAAAGCUGUGAGCUUUGAUGUGUUGCUUGCUGUGGAUUUUCACUGGACCACGAGGCUGCUCUGUUUAUACCCACAGGGCCAUAUGGUAUCACCCUUUUCUGGUUCUAGAUGUGCUCUGAAUGUCCACGCGGCACCAGAGAAGUUAUCAGAGCGUUUUGCAGCAUGCAUACAUUUAGGGAAUCCUUGCAGGACCUUGUAUUGAUUGCAUUAGAAAACUUGUUUCAAGGGGAUCUGUUGGUCUAGCCCCCCUCCUCCCACCCCUAAUCACUCUAGUGUCUUCAGGUCCUGAAAUCAGCACAGCACUUAACCACCGGCUCAACUUGGAGCACAUGCUUCACUCCCAUUAGUGUCAUUCAGGGGUUAAGCAUGUGGUUAGGUGUCUGCUGAGUGGGGGGCCUGAGCAAACACUCCCCAUUCCUUCAACUGUUGAUGGCAGACAGUAAAAAUAACGUCCUCCCUUGUCCUUGUGAGGAGGCCCAGUCCUCCCGCUUGGUGUGCACCUGAAUCUCUUCUGUCUCCAGCAGAGACGUGGGGCCAUUACCAGGGUGUUGGCUACUAAGGAAUGCUGCUGCUCUUGUCCCAGCAGAGGGCAGAAUCCUGUUAGAGGAGCCUUCUCCAGCCAGAGGACCGUGGGGGACCGUCCUUCAUCGGCAGGUUCUGGUGAUCAUCCACCAUGUAGCCUGGCUUAGCAAUGCCGGGGGAACCAAAAAAGAUCCGUAUUUCAUCUUUGAAGGGGGUGGACUCUGGAAAUGGAGAGGCAUUUGCUAAUCUGGAGAAACAGUUACAAACUGCCAGCUUGAGCCAGAACCCCAACUGUAAAAUAAAGAAAGCCACAUGCCAGGAGGGUGGCUCACAGAGCUCUUCAGAAGAGAGUUCACUCACAAAACUGUCCAUACCAAUGGCUUCUCUGAGGCCAUAGCAGGAUACGCAGGGCACAAAGCCCACUGGAGUCACUAGGAAGACUCCCAUUGAUUUCAGUGGGCUUUGCGUCAGGCCUUCAAUUCUUAACUGGACGCAGGCUGGGGGAUAGCUUGUUUUUGGCAAAUACCUAUGCAGGGAUGGUUUAAGUCUGGGACCCAUUUUACAAACAUAAUCUUUAUCAGUCUCUCUGCUGAAGCAUUCUAGGAGAUCACUUUGAAGUCUCCGUUUGUUUCCCCCAAUGAGUAGCCAAUAUGGUCAGUCAUCCGGCAUCUAACCCGCGAGAUGACAGACAACAGCAGGAGCAGCCUCCAGGAACGCAGUGCUUAUUUUGGAGCGACCUGGUACAAUUUUCGUUGCAGACGCACAGCCAGUGGAUUGUUUAUUGUUCAGGGGAAAGGUUGGAUGAGUCCAGCCCUCUCUCCCUAACAGCUUCACUCAUUUACAAAGCAACUUCAUAUGAGCUUAAUCCCCGUUUAGCUUUGUAUGCAUUUCACUUGGGAUAAAUAAUGCGCCUUUCAGACGCCUGCCACAUUCACACAGCAAGAUCUGUGCUAUGGCAGAACCCAUAAAACAUACACCAUCACUUCGUGCUACUCUUGAUCUGUGAACGAGACCAUCCCAGAAUAAGGUGCCGAUCAGCUCUGAGCUUGGCCAGAGACAGGCUAUUGAUGGUGUUCUGCAUGCCCUUUGCACAGACUCAGAUACUGUCCAAACAAUGAACGUUUUGCUCUGAGUCCCAGCUCAGAGUAGCACGUUUCUGAUCCACUUGUGAAGACCUUAGAUUUAACCCCCAUUUUUUGAAACAUAGAGGCUGGGGUUUGGAGCGUAUGGGCAACAGGCAGCAAACUAUUACAUUUUGGUGGGAGCGGAGUACCUAGCUGCACCCUUGGUCUCCUUUGAAAGUCCCACCCCGCCUUUACAAAUGGUCCCUUUCCUCUUUAUGAUCCAAACUGUGGUCUCCUGGGGGUGGCUGUGGUCUUGUGGCUUGGGUACAAUGAGCUGUGUGACCCUGGGCAAGUCACAUCCUUUCUCUUUGACUCCCUGUCCUCCCUCAAUGGGAAUACGGAUAUCGACUGGCCAUUGUAAAGUGCUUUGAGAUCCUCAGAUGUAACGUGCGCUAGAACUGCCAGGCAUUGACCUCUAGUGACUCGCCAUCUCAUCAUGAACCCAUUUCUGCUCCCGCAGAAGCCAGUGGGAUUUUUGCCAGGUGCCCGCCUAGCCCAUUCUUCCUGCACUCAUAGCAUCCAGGCUGGGAGUGGCUUCACUUAUGCACUCCCCCACUUUGUCCUGGUCAAAGUUGCAGUUUGCACCUGCUUUGCAAAGGAGGAACAUAUGGCUUUAAAAAAGGCGGGGGGAGGGCCUAUGAUGUGGUGUCCGCCUCACACAGGGUUGAAAGGGAUUAAGGUGGUGAGGCAGGCCAAUUACGUUCACCAGGUGCACCUGGAGGAGGAGCCAGGGAGUAGGCCACUGAUUAGAAGUAGGCUCAGCUGGGCAAGAACAGGCAGGAGCCAGUAUAAAGCCCAGGGCAGUGAGCAGCAAGGGGGCUGCAGUUACCCCCUGAGUGGAGAGAAUUGGAGGCUGGCAAACCCAGAGAGGGGGCAAGUCAGAUAUGUAGAAGAAACCCAGGGGAACAGCAGCAAGGGCUGGAACUGUACACAGGUCUUGGCUGCUUGUUAUAGGGUCCCUGGGCUGUAACCCAGUGUGAAGGGUGGGCCCAGGUUCUCCUACCAGCAAGUGGGAAGGCUGUUGUAGAUGCCAGCCACACAGCAGGUCUGGAAGGACUUUGAAUUCCCGGGAAGGGGCGGGCCAAGCCACAAAGAGGAGACCGCGGUCCCUGGGGCGAGAGAGGCCGCAGUGUUUGAUGGCAUGGUGAAAGACACCGCCGGAGAGGGAUCUCAGCGCCUGGCGGAGCUAAUUCCCAGGAUGGCCAGCAGGAGAUGCCGCUAGCGGUUUUAAGGCCAGAAGGAACUGUUACAUUAUCUCGUCGGCCCUCCUGUAAAGACGGGCAAAGGCUGAGACAGGGCAAUACUCCUGCAGCUGGGAGGAGGCCAGGGACCACGCAAUGCACCCCUCAAAGCUACUGCAUCCAGCUGGACCCCAGGAGAAAAUGGCGCUGCCCAGCUUUGGGCAGAUGCAACGGGUUGCUGACAACACCAAUCCCUCGGCUGUCUUCUGCUUUCUGAACAGAGAAUUCAGGUUGAAAAUGUUAUUUCCUCUGCAGCGUGUCUAAGCCUUUAAUUUACCAGCAAACCUUCUGCAGAGACCAGGAUCUGGGCUCGCACACUUAGGGUGAUUACAAGGGUAAUUGCUGCCCUGCCCAAAUUUUGAAAGCCGAGCUAUUGCUUGGGGUGAGUUUUAUUAUUCACACGGCGAUAGGCUGACAUCUAUUCUCCAGCAACUGAUAGAUCAAGACAACGUUCCAGAGCCACUCUCCUGUGGACAGAUGACAGGCAGGUGCAUUUCAAGUCAGAAGAACAUUUAUAAAUAAAUCAGUAGUUUAGGGUGACUGGAGGAGGGGGAGAGAAACUGGCAAAGAAAGAAGAAAGCAAAGCAAAGCCAAGCCAGUUGUCUCUGUACUGUGCUCCCUAAUGCCCUGUUUGAUUUCACGGUGGCUGCUUGGCACCUCUCAUCUGUGUUCCAACCCGGCUUACAAAUGGAAAGGAGCUUGCUGCUUGGGCUUUAAACCCACAUGGACAUGAGCCCCCAUCACUGAACGGUUAUAACAUUUGGCAUGAUUAGAUGCUGUGCUUCGGGGGUCACCCGGAGCUGGGCUAGCUUAGCGCUGCAGGUCGCAGUUCAGUUUCAGUGCAGAACAACUGGGGAGAGGUUUGUAUAGCUUCUGUCCGUUAUGUGCUUGAGGGCAGUAGCCACGUGCUGUCACUAGCAUGAAAAUCUCGGCUGGGCGUGGCAGGGAAGCGACCCUUUCAUGAAGCCGUCUUUGUUUCUACACUCUCAGGCCGAGCUCCUUUAGUUCAUGUAUUUCCAGUCUUUCAAUCAACCAGAUACUUGAGAGAGAGACUAUCUGGAUAAAAAUCCUGUAGUUCACAUACACAAAAUCCUUAACAAUACCUGCGUUUAUUAAAAGUUAGGUUUAAAUAUCUAGUUAUUUUUUCACCUUUUUGCUGUGUGUGUGUAGUCCUGGAAGGAAAGGAUGACUCUGGGGUUAAGGCAUUGGCUUGGAGUUUAGGAGAGCUGGGUUCAGAUUCUAGUUCUGCUACAGACUUCCUGUCUGUCCUUGGGGAAAUCACAUAAUCUCUCUCUGCCACAGUUCCCAUCUGUAAAAUAGGAAUAAUCCUUCUGGGCUGUUAAAUCAUAAACUCUUGAGGGCAGGGAUUGCAUCUCACUGUUUGUCUAGCACCUGCCACAAUGAGGCCCUGAUCUCCGCUGGGGUUUAUAGGUACAAUGUAAUAAUAGCCAUGCUUCUUGCACAUGAACUACUUUAGUGAAAAUAAACUGGUUAGUUUCACUUUUUCUUUACA